AUGUCAGUUUCAGGAUCUGAAGUUUUAGACAUUAAAAAAUUCUUCAAAGAUCAACACAUUGUUGUUUCAUCAGAAUGGAUUGAAGCUUGUGCCGCUUUCGUAAAGCAAGAACAUUCUGGGUUACAGCUUUCAACUCAGAGACUGAGGAAUUAUGUCUAUGAACAGUUUCUCGCUGCCGAUUUAGAAGAAAUCCAAGUGCCAGUUCUGCCUCGAGAUUUACUUACUGUACAAAAAACCACUUUGAACGGGCCCUAUGUUCUUCAGGUGGAUGGCAUAAAAGAUGUUAGCAAGCCAGCAUAUUCGCAACUGAAGCAGCUUGAAAACUCGGUGAAUACAAAUGAGGAGUUUUCUGCUACUCCAAGAGCAUCUGUACCUGAAUGGGAGGCAAAGCCAACCCGCAUGUUGAUGUUGAGGAUGACAGAUGGGUGUUCUUUCAUCCAAGGAAUGGAAUACAAGCCCAUUCCUUUUUUAUCUCCAAAUCUACCACCAGGUGUUAAGGUGGUUAUUCAAGGACCUCUUGAUUGCAGGCUUGGAGUUGUGCUGUUGACUGCUGAUAAAAUAAAAGUUUUAGGGGGUGAGGUUGAAAGUAAGCUGCAACAAUUCUCUCGGCUGGCUCUCCUCCGAGAGGCAUUACAGAUUCCAAAUAGUGAAGAAAAUGGCCUCCCAGAAAAUCCUGAAAGUGUUCCAAACUCUUCACCAUCCAGAAGUACCAAUGCAAAUGAUGUGCCCAAUUCUGCCCCCAGACAAAGUCAUACAAAUGUGCAGAGAAGCCAUGUGAAUCUGUGGCUAAAUCCUCCAACAAGUGGCCAUAGCAGAAACAGCUCCAAUUCUAUUAGAAACAGAGACGUAGUCCCUCAUCUUCAUCAAGGAACAUCUUCAUCCUCAGGGAACAAUCGGAAUCAAGUGCCAGAGUUUGCAGCAGAUGAUAAUUUCUUUGAUAGUGAUGAUGAUGACUUUACUCAAUCGUUAGAUUUGGAUGCUAUUGAUGAGCUUGAAAAAGAAAAUAGUCAGAGGCCAGUACAACUGGAUUAUAGUGAUUCCAUUCAUGAUGAAAACCCUAUGUGGGAAGAGGAUGAAGAUAUGAUGCAGGAAAUGAUGGCAUUUGAGGAAAAUCCACCAGAGUUUGAAAUGCCUGUCCAUGAGAUAUCUCCCAGCACAUCGAGUUCCUCAAGACAUGCUCACUAUGAUAUUAAAACUAAACCGUUUACCUACCUCAGUGUUGUCCUUGCAGAUCGGUCUUGCACUGCUGUUGUUACAGUUAAAGGAUUUAUUAUAAGUGUCUUAUCCAAAUUGGAGUGCACAACAAAACAGGGAUGGAGUCUUAGUGUAAAAAUUAAUGACGGCACAGCUACUGUUGAUGCAGAUAUUCAUGAUAAAGUUUUGGAGCAAAUUAUUGGUAUUUCUGCUCUUGAUAUGAUGAAAAUGCAAACUCAAGCUGCCCAAGAUAUGCAGAAAAAAAGAGAAGUCAUGGGUGCAAUUUCGAAAUGUAGGACCACUCUGCAGAAUUAUAGUUGCCUUAUGGAUGUGAAAUUCAUGCCCGGAGAAAAACCUGUAAUUGUUCAGUUUUCCCCUGUUGGGGAAUUAGAACUGAAGCAGCUUUUUGAAAGAGUUAGUUCAGACAUGUCUUCCAAAUAGCUUCAUGUCUUUACUGAAAAUGUAUAUAUCUGUGUUCACUUCUAAGUGCAAUUUCAGAAACAAUAUUUCAUUAUUUAUAUACUGUG